GUGAAGAGGACUCGAGAAACCACUGAUUUUGAACGAUGUUGGUACUUUAGGACAUGGAACACAGAACUUCAUAAAGUGCUUGGUUCAGUCAACACUAAUUGCUUUGGAUUGCAGCUUUGUCUGUGCUUACACUACUGUAAUUACGUUAUUUUCUCACUUGGUGCAGCACUGUCGCCUGUGCAGAAUUGGUGACACUGAACUGAAACCAUGGGUCAUUUUUUCCAAUUUCUUCUCUGCUAGAAGUAAAUAAGAGUUUAUGUCACGAAAAUGUAUGUUUAUUAUCAAAUAUUAAGUUUGUAAUGCAAUUUCAUUCGAUGUAAAGGAGUAACAGCUCCUUGUAUUGAAAGACACUUCUAAAAUGUUGCACGAAGUAUUGCUGUCAUUGUGGGGCUGCUCGACCAAUGUUUUAGAGAUAUUGGAGACAAAUACUGUAGAUCUUGAAAAAUAUUUACAUCCCGGGGAACGUGCAUUACUUAAGAAAAUAUUGGACAUAGUUGAGGAGUGCAAUGUUAUUAGAAACUUUAUUCAAGAGAAUACAACAUUCGAUAUUACAAAACCCAAUGAAGAAUUGCAAAGUUUACCUCAAGGUUUAUAUCUACAAGCUCUCUGCGAAGGAAUGGAUCAAGCUUUAGAACCAUUCCGUGAGGAAAUUGUUGAUUUAGAGAAUGUAGUUCUUCAUGACAGUUAUACUCCGUUAUCAUUAAUUCUGUGCCGUGUCCAAAAGUAUACAGGUUUAUUCUUUGUUCUGAAUUCUAUUAUAAGAGAAAUUAAGGCACUAAAAAUUCAUGGUUGCAAACUGUUACAAUGUUUACACUUAAAUACAUACACUGGUAUUCCACAAGUAAAAACAGCUUUGGAGAAGAUGUCCCUUUGUAUACAUAUAGUUUUUUACAAACAAUUAACGAGUUGGCUUUUGUAUGGUAAUUUGGAGGACACAUACAAUGAGUUUUUCAUCCAGAAAAUAUCGAAUGAACAAAACAAUUUGAUAUUGGCAGAUAAUAAAAACAAUGCUGCAGAUACAAAAAGUGUAAAAUUAAACUCAGAUAUGUGGGAUUACAGUGUUCAAAUGGAUAUGCUACCAUUUUAUAUUAGACCAUCGUUAGCAACCAAAAUUUUGACUAUAGGACAAACUAUUAUAAUGUUUGGAAAUGAUCCAAGACAAAAAAAAGACUUUGCAGUAGACGAUCAGAUCGAAUUUUCUAUAUGGGGAGAUAAAGAAUACGAGUAUUUUCUUAAAAUUCAAAAACUUCAGAAGAAUCCUAUUUUUAAUAUUGCUAAAUUUGAACGUAUAAUUGAUGAAUUAAAAUGUUGUGUAACUGAAUUAUUAUAUCGAAUUGUGGUCGAGGAAUUUCAACUAGUACAACAACUCAAAUUAGUGAAAGACUUUUUUCUAAUGGGCCGGGGUGAUUUGUUUCUCGAAUUUGUUAGACUGACUGCACAUAUACUGAACAAACCGCCAACAAAUCAUACUUCCAGAGAUAUCAAUCUAGCUUUUCAAAUUGCAUUAAGGAAGCUGCAUUUGAACGACGAAAGUGCUAUGGAGAAUUUUAAUUUUUUAGUUCCAAUUCCAGUGGAAGAUAGCGAUGAAACCGAAGGAAAUGGUACAGAGAUUACAGACAAGGAGCGGGAAGAUCCUAUCGAAAGGCGCGGAUGGGGGAUGAUCAUUUUAAAGUACAAAGUUAUAUGGCCGUUACAAUUACUAUUUAGUCCAUCGGCUUUAGUCGAUUACAAUAUACUAUUCCGAUUUCUAUUGAGAGUAAAGAAAACUCAAAUUGGUCUUUGGAAUCUAUGGAGUGAGCACAUGUAUUAUAAGAACAUUGAUAUAGGUGUAAUACAACUAAGAAAUAAUUUAAUAUUUAUUAUUGAUAAUUUACAAUACUAUCUGCAAGUGGAUGUGCUAGAAAGUCAAUAUACUAUAAUGGAAACAAAUAUGAAAAAUACUCGAAAUUUUGAAGAUGUGCAAAAAGCACACACUACUUUUUUGGCGAACGUUAUGUCUCAAACAUUUUUGUUAGAAGGUACAACAGAACGUAAAAAUCCUGUAAAUAAAUUGAUAAAACUUUUGCUGCGACUUUGUGACGAUUUUAUUUUACAAGCAUCGAUGUGGGAAGUAGGCAACUUACUUUUAACGGAGAAAGAAGAACUUAAAACGUUAUCUGCCACACUUGAAAGUUUAAUGUGCUGGCUGACUAAAACAUUGAAUAGAGUCCGUGCACAACCUAGUGGAGAACACUUAGCUCAAUUAUUAUUGAGAUUAGAUUUCAACAGAUGGUUUAACAAAAAAAUAUGAAUAAAUGAUUUGUUCUGAAUGACUUCCAAA